UAGGGCCCCCCAUUGCUGCUGCCGGGCCCCGUAAUCUGCCAUGUGCCACUUUCAGGUUCUCCUCACACUGGCUGGUGUGUUCCAUUUUUUUUGUCAUAGGGUGCUGGCAGGCUAUUUACGGGCCUCCCAUAGCUGCUGCCAGGCCCCUAAUCUGCCAUGGGCCCCUCGUACCGACUCCUCAUGCUGCUGCCAAGUCCAGAGUCUGUCAUGGGUCCCUGUACGGCCUCCCAUUGCUGCUCUUCUCAUCGCCACACUCUGCCAUGUGCCACUUUCAGGUUCCUCACACUGCUGGUGGGUUCCAUUUUUUGUC